AUGAAGCUCUUGCCAACCAUCGCCGCCGUCGCUAGCGCUUACGAGCAGCCCAAGUACAAUGACUUCCUUGAUUCUUUGAGCCAAAAGAGUUCUGGCUGGGGUCAUCCAACUGAUAAGGUCGCUGCUUUGUUUUCUCUUUGCCCAUCUCUGACCGAACCCGAUAAUGCUUCCGUCGUCUGUGACCAGUCUACCUGUGCCUUGGUCUGUAACGAAGGUUUUGUCGCCACUGGUCGAAGACGAACCAAAUGCCGAUUUAACAACGCAAAUGGCUUUUUCUGGAAGAGACAGCUCGGCGGUUGUGACACUUGUGCUGACCUUGCUGCCCCACCAGCUGGAGUCGAGAUUGAUGCGACAUUGAAUGAUGCCGCUCAAAAUACAUUUGAAUCUGGCGAGUUUACUGUCACUACCACUAGCAUUUUCAACCACCCUGGAUAUGGUGAUACUGCUGAUGGAAGCGGAAGCAACAUGGACAUCUGCUUGAUGAAAUUCAACGACAAUCUUGUCACUGGCAGAACUGGCACUGCUCCUGUUUGUCUUUCUACUUCCUAUCCUGAUCAUGGAAAGGCUUGCUGGGUCGCCGGAUGGGGAACAACAUCUGAGGGUGGAAACACAGCCAAUCUUCUCCAGAGCGUUGGAGUCAACAUUCUCGGCCAGGACUACUGCAAUGCCAACACGAACAACAGUCCUCUCCUCCCCGACGACAUUUGCGCCGGAUUGCCAGAUGUUGAUGGCAAUGGACUAACAGAUGCCGGAAUCGACUCCUGCCAGGGUGAUUCUGGUGGACCACUCGUCUGCGAUGUCAACGGUGCUGCCACUCUUGUCGGUGUUGUUUCACGAGACAAUAACGGUGGUCUUCUCGCCGAGGUCGACGCUACUCUUAAUGAUGCGGCGAAGGAUACUAUUGAAGCUGGCGAGUUUCAAGUCACUUCUACUACUAUGUUCAAUCACCCUGGAUAUGGUGAUACUGCUGAUGGAAGUGGAAGCAACAUGGACAUCUGCUUGAUUAAAUUCAAUGACAACCUGGUCACUGGCCGAACUGGAACUGCUCCGGUUUGUCUGUCGACCGCCUACCCAGAUCACGGAAAGGCCUGCUGGGUUGCUGGAUGGGGAGCCUUAUCUUCAGGUGGCAGUUCACCUAAUCUUCUCCAGAGUGUUGGUGUCAACAUUCUCGGCCAGGAAUAUUGCUCUGCCAACAGCAACAACGGAGCUCUUCUCCCUGAUGAUAUUUGCGCUGGAUUACCCGACUUGGACGGCAAUGGACUGACAGAUCCUGGAGUAGACUCCUGCCAGGGCGAUUCUGGUGGACCGCUUGUUUGUAAUGUCAAUGGAGCUGCUACUCUUGUCGGUGUCGUCUCACGAGGUGUUGGUUGCGCUGAUGAAGGACACCCAGGAAUUUACACCGCUAUUCAUACUGACACCUGGGUCGCUGAUACUAUUGCUGCAAACCCUUGA